AUGUCUGGCUACGUCCCAACGGCUUUCAAGCCUAUGCGCUCCCUCGUGGCCAACGUCCAAUUCUCCCCUUCCCCUCCGCCCGAAGACCAACCCAACCCCCCAGAGUCCAACGAUGACACCUACCUGGCAGACGGAAACAUCAUCCUCGACGACCACCCCAUGUCUGAAGCUCCCAAAAGAGCAGACGGGCAUCAUGCCAACUCUCCGGGGGUGUUUCACCCUUCGAUGGUACCGACUGUUGUUACGACGGGAGAUGGGCUUCAUGUGGAGCUGAUACCAAAGGGAGAGCAGGCGGACAAGGAAAAGAAGAAGGAUAAUAAGGAGGAUUUGAUGUUGCCAAGCCAUGUAUUGUUGGAGACGCACCUCUUGAGCGAGGAGGGGCAAGCGGAAGGGGAGGGCGAUAGGACGGUGGUGGAGGAUGAAGACUUUUUGGCUGGUCUGCAUUUCGUGGAUGAUGACCUCACAAGGGGAUCAAAGCGAUAUUUCGACCCAGAGCCUGAAGAGACGCAAGACGAUGAAGCCGCCUUCCUGGCCGCUGCCGACUCUCGAAAAGUGUGUCAGAAUUGCAAAAAGCCGGGUCAUCGCUCUGUCGACUGCCCCCAUGUCAUUUGUACGACUUGCGGCGCUGUGGACGAACAUGAGAGAAGGGACUGUCCUCUCAGUAAAGUCUGUUAUGGGUGUGGGCAAAGAGGCCAUCACAAGUCUGAAUGUCCCGAUCCUGCUACUCGCAACAAGAGAUGGACUGCUUGUGAACGCUGUGGUGGUUCGAGUCAUACCGAUACGGCAAGUCGCAACUCUAUCCAUCGAAUGUAUACUGACCAGAUACAGAACUGUCCCACGAUCUGGCGGGUCUACACAUAUAUUCGCGACGACGAACGCAAAUCCGUGAUCAAAGAGAAGGAAAAGGCAGAGGGAUGGGCAAAGGAAGCUAUGGGCGGUGGACCCUAUGAAGCAUGGUGCUACAACUGCGCUCGAGAAGGCCACUUUGGCGAUGACUGCCCCCAACGACGAGGCUCGCUCGUACGCCUAACCGCCCCCUCUGCAUUCUCAUACGAAAUGUCCUCCCGCGGGCCCUUUCACGAAGCCCCCCCCAAAGCCAAAAACCUACCCAAAGCAACCCACUCGAGGUUCACCGACGACGACGUCCCUUACAACUCUGCGUACGACUCUUACGGUGCUGACGCUGGUCGCCGUGGGCGGGAAAAGGCCAAGCAAAAGAUGAUAUCUCGAGGCGGGAGAGAUGACGAGGACGAGGACGAUUGGUUUGGCGGGAACCGGGAGAGAGACAGGCGGGGUGGACAAGGGACACCGCAGACCCGUGGCCGAGGACAAGCGGGUACACCACAGAACCGCGGCGGACCAGCAGGCCGCGAUGGUAGAAGGCCGUGGGACUCUGAGCUGCGCGGACGAGAAUGGGACCAAGACCGAGCGAAACGGGAUCACGCAUCGCGGAACGACAGAGACGACUAUGAUCACUUUGAGCGACGUGGCGGGCAACCUCCGCGGCGGCCAUCGCGUUCACCGCCGGCGCGUAAACGUGGGGGACAGUCAUCGAGGGAUUUGCCGCCCAGCUCGGCACCGCCCAAGGCGAAUUACAGGCCGAGACUUGAUGAUCGAGGAUACGCCGACUCGCCUUCUGUCCGGGGAGGUGGACGAGGCGCUGAAGCAGGCGCUGGGUCGAGAGCAUUGCUGGCGCGCGCCAUGGGUCCUCAAAGUGGAGGAGCUUCUCCCCGUUCUCGUGACCUGGGGGCUUCGCCUAAACCGUCUUUAAAGAGUCGCAUAGGUCCUGCUUCUGGGGGUGGAAAGCGCGGGAGGGACGACGAGCGUGAUUGGGAAGGCGAGUGGAGAAGAGGAGGCGGACAAGGUGGGAAUGUGGCAGACUGGGGACGGCAGAUGGAUAGGGAUGCGCGUGAUAGUCGUGAUGGCCGUGGAAUGUCGAUUCGGGGGAGCGGGGCAAAGGAUCAAAAGUCUAGUGGGCAAAAGUAUCACGGGGGUUACUAG